UAUCAACGAGAUUGCAAGCGAUAGAACCGGAUCGAUCUUUUACUUCUCUUGCUUUGUUUUGACUCGGAUUACCCUAACCCCUAUUGAAACGAUAUGAAAUGACGGAGGGGUCCGCUGGUCAGCAAGGCGAUGGCGGUGGCGGUGGAGGGAGAGGCAACGGUGGCCGCGGAGGAGGAAAGGGCAACAAAUCACGUGGGGGUCGGGGAGGAGGGGGCCGAGGGGGCCGCAACAARAAGAACAACGACAAGAAAGAUGCCAACAAAGGAAACAACAACAACGGCAGCGGCAGCAACAAAGACGAUGCCAACAAAGACAACAACAAGAACCCGAACAACAACAAAGGGAACGCCAAAAACAAGGGUGGCGAUCCGAACAAAAACGGUCCCAAACCAAAGAACGACAACAACAAAAAGGGAGGCGAGGCGACCAAGAGCAACAACCGCUCUCGCCGCCGCAUGAUGCAACACAAGAACAGCAAAAAAGGCGAACAAAAGAAACCAAACGAGCCCGCUGUUCCAAAGAUGACAAAAGAAGAGCAAGAACGAAUCGAACAGGAAAAAAAGAAAAAACUCGAGGAAGAAGCCGAGCGCAAACGCCUCGAAGAAGAAGAAAGKGCGAARCAAGCCCGUCUAGAAAUCCGCAAAAAGGCCGAGAAGGAGUUGAACGAAAGYUUUCAGGAGGCGAUGGACUAUCUAAGGGCGGUCGCGGAGACGUCCGAAGCCCGGAGGGCCAACCGAAAUUCGAUGUCGGCCGAAGAUCUCGCUUUAUCGAGAAAGGAAUUCGAGGCGAGCAAGAAAUCGCUCAAGUCGGAUCUGAAGAAAUGCACCGCCUUUGUGAAGAAGAUCAAAACGGGCGGAGCCUGGUCUAUGACACCCGCCGCGCUUGUAAAGGAUUUGUCGUCCUUGAACCUUUCUCGCUACGUCGAAGAAGUUGUUGCUGCGGUAUUGGAAGCUAAACUCAAACUGGCCGAUCUUCCGGUAGUCUUGACACUGUGCAAGAGCAUGAAUCUUCGCUACCCRGCCUUUCUUUCGAACUUGAUGACCGGUCUCUGGUCCGUUGUUCACGAAAAACCAACCGACAACGAUACCAGCAAACUUCGCCGGGUGUAUGUACGAUUGUUGACAGAACUCUUGCUGAAUGGACUUGCUACCGAGACAAAGCCRUUGAUGAAACUCAUUGCRGAAGCUUCUGGUGGGAAGGAUGGUAGUUACAACGUGACUGAUGCGAGCAUGAUCGUUGCUUUUGUCAAAGGCGCAGGCUUUGAAAUUUUGGGUACGAGGCCAACUUCGAUUCAAAAGUAUUCCAAACUCAUCGAAGACGAGAUCCUGAAGCGCGAGCAAGACAAGGGGAAGGACGCCCCRGAAGAAGAUGAAUUAAGCCUUCCUGUGUUGAUUUCCGAAGAGAAGGCGACCGAAGGGAAGGAAUUAGUAGCAACCAUGGAUGAGCUCGUAAUGGAGCGGGCGGUGUCUCCAGAAAUCUCGARCAAGUUUCUUGGACAUUGCAAGGGCGCCUACGCAUUUUUGUCGAGGUCUCUGAUCGAAACAGAUACCAAGCUCCAAAAGAUGGAAAAGCGUUGCGAGCAAGAUCGGCUUCUGGCUGGUUCGCUGACCGAUGCUCGYGAAAAGGGCUUACAGGACGCRCGCAAACUGAGAGAGAGCUUGGAAAAGAGUGUCGAGGCCAUGUCGGACAUUAUGGAUUUGCCCCUCCCACAACUAGAGAAAGAAGCGGAAGAGGAGACAGAGGGUGGAACCGGAGUCGAGGUGUGGACGAAGGAUGGAGGUGACGAAGAYGGAACCGACUUUGGGCCUUUUGACGACGAAGAAACACGGGCAUUUUAUUGCGACGUACCCGACUUCCUCACGACCGUCCCCCCUGCAUUGCUUGGGUUAAGUCCAGAAGAAAUAGAAAAGCUGAAAGCCGUGAACGAAAAAAAGUUUGGUGCAGGCUUUGGUCCUGAUAAUGAAUCGGAAGGAGAUGCUGUCACUGAUGUGGUUGCCCCKUCGUCCGAGGCCGAACUAGAAGCUGUAGAGAAAGGCGAGGAUAUCGAACCCGGGGACGACAACGAAGAAACAAAAGAUGAGAACAAGGAUGCUCCGCAUUAUAAGCUGAUGGUCCUUCUAGAACAAGAAUUACCAGAAUGCAGUCGCAGAGAGCAAAUCGACGAGAUAUCCGAAAAGUUUUGCACGAAUCAUGGUUCAUCCAAAAAUGCCAGRAAACGCCUAUCAAAGACUCUUUUCCAUGUUCCUCGYGCGCGUUUGGACCUUCUCCCGUAUUAUUCUCGUAUGGCAGCCACGUUGGGCAGAGUCUGGCCAGAUAUUGGGGAAGCCUUGCUGGUUGAUCUAGAGCAGCAAUUUCACGGGCAGGCGAAGUUCAAGAAGAACCAAAACAUUGAAUCUCGUAUGAGAACAGCACGAUACAUUGGAGAGCUAACAAUUUUCCGCAUGGCUCCACCAAUCGUGUCUCUGCGUUGCUUGAGGCGGUGUUUGGAUGACUUUACAGGAGGAAAUGUUGAUGUUGCUUGCUGUUUAUUAGAAUCGUGUGGUAGAUAUUUGAAUCGGCUUCCGCACACCAAUAAAAGACUGAACAAUAUUAUGGAAACAAUGGUGCGAUUGAGUAAGGCCAAGGUAUGUAUCUAAAUGAACAAACUUUUUUGUUUCGCCAAUUGACGGAUUUCUCAACCAUUUGCAAUGCUUUCAGCGCCUGGAGGAACGCUAUUUAGCGUUGAUCAAAACUGCAAUGUAUACCGUYAAGCCACCCGCAAGUGGCACAAAGAAGGAGGUCAAGGAAUAUCCACCMUUGGAAGGUUAUCUUAGRUACCUUUUGAUGGUGAAGUUGCAGGCGACAGAAUCUAGCAUCACCUAUGCAUCAAAACAACUGCUUCGGUUUCCCUGGGCAGAUCCUUCUAUGCAGUGCGGUGCUUUGAUUUGCAAGAUUAUGCUCAAAACUUGUCGCAAUGGACGUUAUAAAUCGAUCGAAGCUAUUGCAAAUGUUGCAGCAAAGUUACGUCGCCAAAAACCUGAAGUUUGCAUAAGAUUACUCGAUGAUGUAGUCGAAGAACUCCAGUGGGCAAUAGAGCAUCCAGCCUUCAGAGACCAACAAAGGACUCUGACGACUGCUAGACUGCUUGGCGAACUCUAUGUUGCUUCCCUCGCUUCCGGUCAAUUAAUUUUUCAGCAACUUUAUCGAUUCAUCAAUUUUAGUCACGACAUACCUGAUGCACUAAGAGAAGCAAGCGAGAAAGCUGUUGCAUUGGCGGAAACUGAAGAAAGCCUCCCGGUAUUCAAUUCAUCUUCUGGUGUGUCAGGAGUGAUUCUGGAGGACGAAGAGAUGGAACAGGAUGAUCUCGAGGCGAAGGAAGAAGAGAAAGAAGAAACAGAAGYAGAGAUACAACCGGUGGCCGUUUCAGUGCACUCAAAGUAUGACCCUCGGGUAUUAUCGGUUUUGGACCCACCAAAUUCUGUUUUUCGCAUCAAGUUGGUCUGUGUUCUUCUUGAAGUUGUAUCGAAAAAGAUGCUGGUCACGAAAAAUAACAUCCCGAAAAUCGAAGCAUUCCUUGCUUCCUUUCAACGAUAUUUGUUCACAAAGACUACACUUCCAACAGAGGUGGAAUUCGCUUUACUAGACACGUUCGAUAUUAUAGAUUCCAAAUGGCGUGAAGUGUUGAAGGACCAGAAAAAGAAGAAUGCUWGCGAUUCCGAAAGUUCACAAGGCUUUCGGCGGUAUCGUACUUGGCUUGAGGCUCACAAUGCCACUAUUGCCAACGAAGAAGCCGAAGCCGCCGUGGAUCGGCGCGCGCAGAUACGUUUAGAAGCUCUUGCAGGAAACAGAGGAGUUGCGGCUGAAGUUGCUGAAGGCGAUCUACUGGAUGAAGAUGAUGAACUCGAUGAUGACGAAGAAUAUGACUCAGAUGGAAUGUCUGUUGACUCAAAAGAUAGCGACGAMGAUUCGAUUUCAGUUGAAGAAGACAGUAACAAUGAAGAUCCUUCACGCUAUAACGAAGAUGCCACCGACGACGAUGAUGAAUCAGAAGACGAUUCUGACGAUAGCGACGAUGAGGAUUCCGAAGAAGAAUUUGAUGAAGAUGCAUACAUGAGACAAUUGGAAGAAGAAGCAUUUGAGGCCGAACUUCGACGCCUWACUAUGGAUGCUUUGGAAAAGGGGAAAUCGACCUCCCGYGGUGGCAAAGUUUCGGACAACAUGGUUUCCGGUUCACAAUUUAUCAGGAAGAAGCAGUCAGACACCGAAACGUCGCCGAUGCCAAGUUUUGCACUCGGAGGUACGGAGGGAAUUARYUUCAACCUGCUCAAGAAAAGCAACAAGGGGAAAAUGGAGGCCAAGCAAUUUGUUGUUCCCAUUGACACAAAUCUUGCUGCCGUUGCCACGAAACAAGACGAUGAAGCUGCACGAGAGCGUGAUAUGAUCAAAGCAAGGGUUCUGCAGUACGAAGCAGAAAGUGCAAUCUCCGAAGGUAAUGUUUACCUCGAGCAAGAGAAGCUCCAAGUGAUCCGAAACCGACCACUUUCGAUGGAAGAGAUUGAUAAGAAUUUCGGCACAACCGGAGGCAACCUUAUUACUGGCCCAAGUAAGAAAGCACCUCCUGCACCAGGAAAUUAUAGCGGRGGACGGGGAGGUCGAGGAUAUUCCACGGGACGAGGUGGAGGUUCGUUUGGAUCUGGAGCGCCGUUUGGGCGUGGAACAGGCAAUUCUUUUGGGCGUUUCGGAGGACGUGGACGUGGGCGUAGCAGCGGUCGUGGGCUUGUUUGACAGAACACUGUGGUUGUCGCUUAUACUCCGUCCUUUUCCCGACUUUUAAUUGAACUUCGGCGGGAUAACAUAUUACGUCUACCUUCGGGAUAAACCUACCCAGUWAUU